CUCAUUUUUUGAAACACUUGAAUUGGCUUUAUCAUAAUUAGGGCAUAUAUACUUGCACUACAAAAUUAUAAUGAGUUGUCAAACUCCUGUUAUAUUACUUAAGGCAACAAUAUGGGUCAUCUUAAUAUUGAUGAGCAUUGUUGGUGAGUCCCAUGGUUACCGAUUACACAAAACACGCUCUAGAUUAGGCCACCGGGGUAAGUUUAACGGAGAUGUUUACGCAUUAGAGGGUGGUCAUAAACGUUCACGUGUUUUGUAUGUUUCGCCAGAAUCAGACCGUACUCCAUUCACUCCAUUUACUCCAUUCACCUCAUUCACCCCAUUUACUCCAUUUAGUCCUAUGAGAUCACCUAGUUUCCCUAAAACUCCUUCGACUCCUCCCACGAAACCUACUAGACCCCCCGGUUUGCAAGUAGGAUUCUAUAAAGGUCAAUGUCCUAGUACAAAUGUGGACGUUGAGGCCACCAUAACGGCUAAAGUCCAAGAACAUUUCCGCAAAGAUGCAACUUUACUACCUGCUCUCCUUCGCAUGCAGUUUCAUGAUUGCUUUGUCCAUGGAUGUGACGCAUCAAUCUUAAUUGAUGGACCAUCAAGUGAAAAAGCCGCGGGUCCUAAUUUGAGUGUUAGGGGAUAUGAGCUUAUUGAUGCUUUGAAGGGUGUAGCAGAAGCAGAAUGCCCCGGUGUCGUGUCUUGUGCAGACAUUAUUGCUAUUGCUACUAAACAACUUAUUAAGCUGGGUGGAGGACCGGAAUAUUCUGUACAAUUAGGGCGAAGGGAUGGCCUAAUAUCAAAAGCACAAGAUGUUAGUCUUCCAAGCCCUUUUGCAUCUGUCACCCAAAGUAUCGUAGCCUUUGGUGCUAAAAAGUUCACUCCAGAAGAAAUGGUGGUUCUUUUUGGUGGUCAUACAGUUGGAAAAUCACAUUGCACUUUCUUCCAAGAUAGACUUCACGUAGGUGCAAGCCUAUUUGACCCGAACAUGGACCCAAGCCUUCGUCGACAACUAAGUCUUACAUGCCCCAAAGACACAACGACAAACAACUUGGCCUUUCUUGAUCAAAAUCUACAGAGCUCCAACAGAUUCGACAACUCUUUCUUUGAUCAAAUCCUCAAGGGACGAGGAGUUCUCCCAAUCGACCAAGCAUUAGCUCGUGAUCCUCAAACGAGUGGCUUUGUUCUACAAUUUGCCCAAAAUCCUGCCUUAUUCAAUGCUAAAUUUGUUAGUGCCAUGGUUAAAAUGCAAGCCCUUGACGUACUCCUUGGCAAUCAAGGACAAAUUCGGAAAGUUUGUAGUAAAGUUAACUAAGAUUAUCACUUGUUCGUACAAGAUUAGACUAACUAACCAUUUUCUCUUAGUCUAAUUCAGUGUUUGUUUUUUAAUUUCAAUAAAUCUACACAUUAUAAGUGUAGUAUAUAUGUCUUCAUUUAUCGGUCUCCCUAUUGUGGAGUUAGUUUCAUUGAGAUGUAUGUUGGAUUAUUAUAAUGAUAUACAAAGUGAAAAUUAAGGGGCAAGGGGGCAGAUGCCACCCCUUAAAAAGAAAAACUUAAGUGAAAAUUAUAAGAAAACA